AUGUGGGCAAUAAGGUAUCGCCAACGCCUGCCAUAGAAUUUUCUUCUUCGUACAGUAUGAGAUUUGCAAAAGAAGUCAACUUCUGAGCAACAGACUAAGACAUUCAGUGUGACUCACUGUAGCAAAGGCAGCGAGAGUGGGCUGCAGUGAUUCAGAGCAGUGCAUUGCUCCGUCUUUCAGCUGUUUCUGUGCAUUCUGAACUUUCUGCUGGCUGUCCUUAUUGGUAAGCAGAAUAUUCCGUGGAGGGUGUUCUUUAAAAAUAGAUAUGUUUAAAAAUCCCCUUUGCAAACCUAUUCUUUUCAGCUGCUUCCCAUUGUCGCACCAGCCUGCUUGCGAGGGGAAAAGGCCCCCUGAAUUCCUGGAAGGAGUAAACACAUGGUGCCCUGAUUUGCCAAAAGAGGGCAAUGUUGCUGUUCUGAAUCCCACUCCAACCAGAGCCAUACCUGUGUCGGGCUGGUAAGUAAUAGCUGCUGUCUCUUUCUUUUGCUAUGUACAAGUUUUCACAUGUCUCUGUAUUCUGUAGUUAAUCAGGACUUUGUAACUAUCUGUCCUGCCUAUUAACUGCACCAACUUCUAAAUUGUUUAAAGGUUAACACAUUUCACUCCAUGCAUGAGUGGCACACAUAAGCAGGGAUUGCUGGCUCGGGAAGAUUUUUCUUCCUGAAAGCAGAAGGCAGGCGAGGGAAAGGCUUGCAUGUUGAAAAUGGUCGCAGGGACCUCAGGCUGCAUCCGCUUCCAGCAAUGCUCAGUUAGCAAAUCAUUUCGGCACAGUUAGAAAAUAAUAACACACCCGCUUUUCUUUCAAACUAUGAUGUUCCUUGUAAAUUUGAAGUGCAUGUGGAGGCUAGUCUUUGCAAAGUUUGGCCAAAUCAUGGCCUGAUGCAGGUUUGAGAAUUUGCACUGUCUGCAGUGAAGGAAGGCAGGUUGCAAAACCAGCUGGAUUAUACAGCUCAGAGUUUUGUUUUCUGUGCAUCAGGAUGGAUGGGGUUUGGUAGUGUGUCAGAACCCUUUCUCUGUUGCUGUUGCCUGCAGGGCAAAAGAUGUUGGGGUGGGAGGAAGGAUGCAUAUUAAUAACAGCCAGAUGGUGCAAAGAGAAAAAUGGCAGAAGUAAAAUUAAUAACAUUAUUAUUGUGUUAUUAUUCUUAUUUCAUAAUCCCUCCCCUACUUAAUUUACAAAGCAUUAUUAUUUCCCUAAAUAAUUUGUACUCAGCAUGGAUUACUGUAUUGCGUUCUUUGUGGGGCUGCCCUUAAGGCUGGUUCAGAAGCUGCAGCUGAUGCAGAACACGAUGAGGUUCCUGACUGGAGCAAUUUACCUCGCUGACAUCCUUUUUAAAGGAACUGCACUGGCUGGCAAUUAGCUACUGACCGAAAUUUUUAUUAUUGACUUCCAAAGCUGUAAACAACUUAGGACCGGGCUACUUGAGGGAACACCUUCUUCCAACCAGACCAACCUGUUCACUAAGAUAUUCAGAUGAGACCCUCUUGGUUGUGGCACAGAGUGCAAUAAUCUGUCUCAUAGCAACCAAGAAGGGGGCGGGGGCUUUUUUGUGGUGGCUCCUACCAUGUGGAAUAGUCUCCCUAAUGAGGUGAGGUGAGAUCCAACUAUAGUAGGUUUCCGGAAUAUGUUAAAAGGAUUUGUUUGCCCGAGCACUUUCUCAACAUUGACAACAUGCUGAUUGUUUCCACUGACUACUCUGGUUGUUAUUAUACUGAUACAGUUCUUUUUUUCUGGGGGGAUGCAGGGGUACGCAUACCCCUAAACAUUUUGUGAAUCUAAUGGGAGAAGAAACUAAAAAUUUGAAAUUGUUUAGUUUCUUCUCUAACACUGAAUUGUCAGUUCUGUUGCUACCCCCGAUGGCGGCUUCUUUUCCUUUCCCAGUGUUUCUUGAGUCUCAGACGGAAGCGAGCGUUUAAUGUGUGAAGCAGUGUGCAAUGUGAAUGUGUGGAGUUCUACAGAUGAAAGUUUGGCCUCAUUGAGGGGCAGUAUUUCAAUAUGAGUAAUGCAUGUUCUUUGUACUUUUGUCCAUUUACUGUCUUUAUUUUUCCAGAUUUGAACCAUAAAAUGGUGAUUUUCUUGAGUCAAAAUGAAAGUACCCCUAAACAUUUUUUAAAAAAAGAAAAAAAGCACUGUUCUGAUAUUUUAAUGUUGUUUUUUGUGGAUGUUUUAUAGUCUUGCUGUAAACUGCCUUGAAAUCCUCCAAACAGAAGGAGGCAUAGAACUAUUUUUUAAGUAAAAAUAAAACAACUUUGUCUGAGAUGCAAAACUAAGAAUUAAACACUGUUGCCCAGUUAUUCUUGUGCCUCUUUCCCACUGAAAAAUUUCCUGCUCUGUUCCUUUGCAAUCCCACCUUAUAAGCAAGAGUCUUAUCUGAUAACAGUACAGGGCAACUCAUCAGCUCUUUAUGCAGCAGAAACCACUACGUCUGGCUGCACAAAUAACAGGUGGCACUUACAGCAUUUCUCUACUGAAUAAUAUUCAACAUGUGGCUUGCCAGUUGCAAUCUGACCCUAAUGGGGCUCCAGGUUUUGUGAGAAUUUAUGAAAUGUAUUAAUCUAACAGUUAGACUCUCCACUCUUUCCCCUUCCUUCAUCAGACCUAUAGACUGCCUGUUGCAUAAGAAACUGGACAGUUGGGGGUGGAGUGGGGGUGUAUCAUAUCUGUAGCUAAAUAUUGGUGCUGAUCACACUUCUUGUCACCUUCAUUUUCAGUGUUAACGAAGCCAUCUGUCUCUCCAUCACCAUCAGCGUGACCUGCCAAGAAGAAGGUUAG